AUGGCCUUCCUGCCCAAACUUUUCCGCCACGACCAGCCGAACGCCUGCAAGCCACUGCAAUCGAAGGCAGACGGAGGAAAUGAUAAAAUUCCCCCUGCAUCUCCAAAUCAUGAAGCCAAUUAUGCCGAAAUAAUCGUUAACUCAGGUUUUAUCAUACGAGUAAUUGAUGGCAAUAUGCUGAGUGUGGUAUCUCUGUCGGAAAACUACGGAUUUACACAUAAGAUUGAUGAAAAGAUAAUGCAAGUGAUCCCCAACAGGGAAAGAGAGAACUUUUUUUUAAUUUUGUGCGCUAUGGAUACAAUGCAUUUGAUUAAGAUCAACAAUACAACGAAGCCAAGUACAAGCGGGGAACUGGUGCAAAGAAUUUCCUCAUUCAAAAUAGAUAACGUUACUUCAGUUGAGUGGCACCCAACUUACCCUCAGAAGUUUUUUACUGCAGGCCCCUACGAGGUCUGCAUAUGGAACCUGCAGCAACUAAACUCUCUCGCCCUCAAAGAGGGCCCUAAUCCCGUCGAAAUAACCCUUGAAAUGGCUUCUAGGUGCGCUAAGGUGUUGCCCCUUGCCCCCUUGUACGAUACGCUGAUGCUUAGGCUCCUCAAAUCUAGGCAAGUGAAGCUCAUUCCUGGCCUUAAGCCCCAAGGGGUCAACGGCAAUUCUGCCAUGGCUGCUGUAGUGGAUGACGAAUUCGUCGUGAUAAUUAAUGAGACAGGAGAGCCUGGAGACAAUCUGUCCACACUGUAUAUGGUCAAAUGCCUACAUUUAGCCAAGGCAGAUGUAGCUGGUAAGAGCAGUGCAUUUGGGGCGCAGAGGACGCACUUUGCCUGCGGGCGCCAAUUAGCCACAAUAGUCGAUGAUCAGCUGAUCAUUUACCAGCUUGUUUGGUCUGAAUGCGCUAGUGUUGGCAGGACAGAUAGCAUCAACAAAGGAAAGGGUUCGAAUCCCAGUGCAGGCUCGGAGGAUGGACUGGUGAGCGAGAGCGAGGAGGAGGCUCAGAUGCUGGUGUUUACAAUUAUGCCAAGUAGCGUGGUAAAGCUUCCAAUAACGCCCACUAGUUAUUCUAUCGCCUCUAAUGCGUUGUAUAUUUGUUCACGAACUGCGAGCGGUAGUUCUGGGACCGUGGUUUACGCGAUUGACUUGGACAGCCUUAGUAUAAGGCCGCUGAAGCUCAAUUUGGCCGGGGAUGAACCGUCUGUUCCAUUUGAGAUUGACGGUAUGGCCGCCUUUUCCCACCCAAGCGCAUCCUUCCUAUACCUGACGGCGGUAGGCUCAGAUGGCCCGUCCGAGGGUGACUGUACGCAGCAGGACGGUUGCCUGCAAUUGGUAGGCAAAGUGCUGAAUAUUGUAUAUUCCGAUGAAUGUCCCGAGUCCUGCAAGAUGAGCAUAAUACGCGCCGACAUUGGGCACUUUGGCAGGCCGGAGAGGAAGCCUGUCGGUGCGGAAUCUGCAAGGACCAGCCAUGGUUGCAAAAGCGCACCAGAGGGGGAAAGUAGGUUUGACGGAUCGCAAAAGCCCAAUGAUUUUGUCACUUCGGAGCGCCAGGGCCAUUUAGAGGCGGAAAUGAUGAUAAGGGAGCUGGUCCUAAACGUAAUAGUCCCCGGGAUAAACGAGGCACUGAGGGUCAGUUUGGAGAGUAUGAGUUUGCAGAUUUUGAAUCAUCUUAGCAGUAGGAACGGCAUGUACUCCGACCUCGUCAAGAGGCUGGACAGGAUAGUCGACCGGGUGGGGGAACUUGGCGAGAAGAUUGAUGAGAUGGGCAAGUGUGUAUCUGUUAGGAUUGAAUCGCUCGAGGAGAACAUAGAGUCUUCAAACUACGAGUUGUCUGCAAAGUACCAGAGUUUUGACGACAAGCUACUGGACCUGGUCGGGCGGCAGGAAUAUGACAAGGCCUUUUCCCUAGCCAGUCAUAUGGACCUGGACACCAACUCCGAUUUCACCGUGGCACUCUGUGAGAACUUUGACACUUCUACAUUUUUGGAGUCAGAUCCUCCACCUUUGACGCAGCUAACGUUGCUAAACACAUGCGCCGCAUUGGCACGCUCAACCAGCCAGUUGGAUACCAGGAUAUCGUGGAUCACAGAGUGUCUAUCGCUGCUGGACAACGGACGGAGAGACUACCCCGUGAAGAAGGUCCCCCUCCUGUUGCCCAAAAUCAUCAACUACCUUGAGGGUGCCAAGUCUUAUAGCCACCUGAGGGACAAGGUCAGGUUCGCAACGAAAGUGUGCGCCUAUUUAUCCAAGUGUAACUAG